AUGGCUGCGGAAAACGAAGGUCACCUUGCUGGCUCCGAUGCAACUAACCUCCUAGAGCGGCAUCGUCCGGAACAGUCCACAGAGGAUGGCUUUGAUCGCAUCUCAUCAUCUCUGCAUAACCCCUACGCUGGCGAGGCACUCUCCGCUUUUAUGUCGGUCCCUCAUUAUCCGGACGCCACCAACAGCAGGACGAGUAUUCCGGUAUCUGAAAUAGUCAAUGCAGUUAUUGAGCCGGGGAACUUCUUUCCCCACCAGAGAACAUCGUCUAGCCAAGAUAUCCCGGGAUCUCAGAUAUCCCCGCCGAUGGAUCUAUACAUGUCCGAUUCGGAGAUGACCGAUGCGCUAUCGGAAGCGGGCGGAGUACCUCUGCACGAUUACCAGAUGGAUCAGAUAGGAUCGACUGGGUUAGUGAACCAGUUUGUCUAUGGUGCUGGCUCUCUGCGUGACUAUAUCGGGGCUUCGGAGGGCACCGAAGAAGAUAGUGGAACGGAUUUUGUCAUGGAACCCGAGCCGCCAUAUACAUCUCAGCGGGAGCCGGUACCAUUCACGACAUUGGAGGAUGAGGAUGACACUCGGAAGUUUUACUUGGACGGCGGCGACGACAGUGAUUAUGAUGCCGAUCCUCAUCAUACAUCUGACGAUGACGGUCAUUCACAUGCAUCGGAGGUCGAUCUGGACGAUUUCUAUCGGCCGCCGGAUUAUACGUACGGCUCCCAAGAAUCCGGGGUCGAUCCUUCUUCUAGCUAUGAGGAACAUGCAAAUUCUUUCUCUGAUCUUGAGGAUGUUAACGGUGACCCGACGGCGGACCCGCACUUCGCGGACUCUGUCAUACAUGGAACUACGCAUGAGAGAAACUUUGAUAUCGCUCAGUUUAUAUCACAAUGGCUCUACCACUCAUCGACCGCUUCCAUACCAAUGCUGGGGCUUACACCGCCAGUCCUGCCUCAGAAUCCUUUAUCCAGCAUCAUCCGGUGGGCACCACCGGCGAAAAUCACUCGACCCAGUGGCCAUACUGGGGACUUUUACGAUAUCCAACAGAUCCCCUGGUGGGACAAGUUACGAGUCAAGCGCGCAGAUGCACGUCAUUUGCGCGACCAGUGGUAUACAUCGUAUCAUAAUCUCCAGUACCCUCGGCAGCGACCAGGUGCCCGACUCCCAGAGGAAGAGUUCUACUUUCAAGGGAAAACCAUGCAUACAGGGCAUAAGGCGACAAUCGAGCACUUCCAGCUCCGCAACCUGAUGUCCGUUCCCGCGUACAAUACUGUCCAUUUCGCCCAUGAGUCGAAGCUGUAUUCGUGGGUUCCGGCUUACAAUGACUUACAAUGUUUGAUUGAUUUGUCAGUGCCUACUGUCGAGUCUGGGUUUCAAGGUCCGGUGAAGAUAUCCACAACGAAAACAGCUGUAGGCGUAUCCAUCGCCGGAGGCUUUUUCGGAGAGUAUGCUAUACGGGCAAUGGGUGCCAACGACAAGGGGGUGGAGGGCUUUGUUACGACAAACCGGAACGGAAUCACCAACCACAUUGAUAUCAUCCCGAGUCGCACGAACCGCGCGCCUAUCGGGGUUUUUGCCUCAAACGACCAGCACGUACGGACGUUAGAUUGCGAAACCAACACCUUCCUCAGCGACCAUGCGCUGACGCAUGCGGUAAAUUGUACUUCUACCUCACCGGAUGGCCGUCUGCGUGUCAUUAUUGGCGACUCUCCAGAUGCCUGGGUCGUCGAAGCGGAUACCGGCAGGCCGGUUCAUCCUCUCCGCGGCCACCGCGACUUCGGUUUCGCUUGCGCAUGGUCUCCGGACAUGAUGCAGAUAGCUACAAGCAACCAAGACAAGUCCGCAAUUAUUUGGGACGCUCGUACAUGGCGCCCACUCCAGAAGAUUGAGUCCGACGUAGCAGGCUACCGGUCUCUGCGAUUCUCCCCGGUUGGAGGGGGUCCGCGAACCCUGUUGCUCUGCGAACCGGCAGAUCGGAUUGCUAUUGUGAACGCGCAGACAUACCAAACCCGGCAGGUGCAUGACUUCUUUGGCGAGAUUGGAGGUGCGGACUACUCGCCUGAUGGAGGCACAAUCUGGGCAGCCAACACGGACGAGCACUUUGGUGGGUUCAUGGAAUACGACCGACAACAGUGGGGCCAGCAGUAUGGCCUGCAACAAUCGCCCAAUGAGUGGGUUAAGGAGUCAGAUCUCGAUGAAGAUGAGCGCUGUAUCUUGAGCGAACGAGAGCGGCGAUCGAGGUACUUGUGGAACCUAAGCGACAAGGAGCACGAUGAGCUCCUCCUUUUUUAA